UUGACCAAUUCUAUUGAUCUGGACUCUUGGGAAUGCAGUUGGACCAAAGGACAGAUACCAUGAAGGCUGUGCUGCUCCUGGGGUCCCUGCUGGUGAGCCUGGAGUCAGUGCUUUUGACUCCACCUUGGAAAGCCCCCAGGCAGCAUAAGCACAGAGCAGAUGAGCACACAGUAGUGCUCACCGUCACUGGGGAGCCCUGCCACUUCCCCUUCCAGUACCACCGGCAGCUGUACCACAAAUGCAUCACUAGGGGCCGGCCUGGCCCCCUGCCCUGGUGUGCUACCACCCCCAACUUUGAGCAGGACCAGCAAUGGGCAUACUGCCUGGAGCCCAAGAAAGUGAAAGACCACUGCAGCAAACAGAACCCCUGCCAGAAGGGGGGGACCUGUGUGAACAUGCCAGGAGGCCCACACUGCAUCUGUCCAGAACACUUCACUGGGAAUCACUGCCAGAGAGAGAAGUGCUUUGAGCCUCAGCUUCUUCAAUUCUUCCAUGAGAAGGAAAUUUGGUACAGGCUUUGGCCAGUAGGUGUGGCCAAGUGCUGGUGUAAGGGUCCAGAUGCCCAAUGCAAGCAGCUGGCCAGCCAGGUCUGCAGCAGUAACCCUUGCCUCAACGGGGGCCACUGCCUAGAGGCAGAUGGCCACCGCCUAUGCCGUUGCCCUGCGGGCUAUGCCGGACACAUUUGCGAUGUGGACAUUGGCGCGAGCUGCUACUACGGUCGAGGGCUCAGUUACCGCGGGGCUGCCAGGACCACCAUCUCGAACGCACAGUGCCAGCCAUGGGCCUCGGAGGCCACCUACCGGAACGUGACAGCAGAGCAAGCGCUGAAAUGGGGACUGGGCGACCAUGCCUUCUGCCGGAACCCGGACAAUGACACCCGCCCGUGGUGUUUCGUAUGGAGCGGCAACCGGCUGAGCUGGGAAUAUUGCCGCCUGGCACAAUGCCAGGCCCCAGCCCCGACGACACCCCAGAUCCCGUCUCCAACCGGGGUCCCCUCUGGGCAUCAGGACCUCAACUUGCCCUCGCUUCCCGCAUUGCAGAAGCCUCCGCCCACGCCUGCAGGCUGGGCUCUUCACGCGGCCUCGCGCGCGACAUCCCAGGCGCCGACUCCUCUGCCCAGCACGGACUUGGCGGGCUGUGGACAGCGGCUCCGGAAACGGCUGUCCUCGCUGAGCCGCGUCGUCGGGGGACUGGUGGCGCUGCCCGGCGCACACCCCUACAUCGCCGCACUAUACUGGGGCCACAGUUUCUGCGCCGGCAGCCUCAUUGCCUCCUGCUGGGUGCUGACCGCGGCUCACUGCCUCCAGAACCGGCCGGCGCCCGAGGAGCUAACUGUGGUGCUUGGCCAGGACCGCCAUAACCAGACCUGCAAGCAGUGCCAGACGCUGGCCGUGCGCGCCUACCGCCUGCACGAGGCCUUCUCGCCCAUCACCUACCAGCACGACCUAGCUCUGCUGCUCCUGCAGGAGAGCGCUGAAGGCCGCUGCGCGCUCCCGUCGCCUUUCGUUCAGCCCGUGUGCCUGCCCAGCCACUCCGAACCCGAGGCCGAGCUCUGCGAGGUGGCUGGCUGGGGCCACCAGUUCGAGGGGGCUGAGGAAUAUUCCAGCUUCCUGCAGGAGGCCCAGGUGCCGCUCCUCACUCGUGAACUCUGCUCCACCCCUGGUGCACAUGGAACUGCCUUUGCUCCUGGGAUGCUCUGUGCUGGCUUCCUGGAGGGCGGCACUGAUGCAUGCCAGGGUGACUCUGGAGGCCCACUGGUGUGUGAGGAUGAGGCUGCUGGGCACCGGCUCAUCCUGCGAGGCAUUGUCAGCUGGGGCUCGGGUUGUGGUGACCGCCACAAACCUGGUGUCUACACAGACGUAGCCAACUACCUGACCUGGAUUCGGGAACACACCAGUUCCUGACUGCCCAGGGAUUCAUCUUCCCCGCCUGGGCGAUUCUGGAAUGGGAGGGUGACUGGGGAAUGAUUGUGAACUGCAAGAAGAGUGUUACAUUCCUCCAUUACCGCCAGCCCAGGGUCAGGCAUGGAAUAGGCA